CUCCCCUCCCGGGGCCGGGCCGCGGCGCAGCGCGACACCCCCCGCCGCGGCCGGAAGUGAGGUCAAGGGGGGCUGGGCCGGGGCCGGAACCUACUGGGGCCGGGCUGCGGGCAGGCCAAGAGCCGGUGGCGGAGCCGCGGGAGGGGCCGUUCAGCAUCUCAAGAAGAAAGAUCUGUUUUGCGUAGAAAUAAGUGAUUUCCAGAGGACAGCCCCAAUGACAGAACUAUCUGCACAUUUACCCCAGUUCCAGCAUGGACAGCUGACAGAAAACUUCCCUGAUAACCACCUCAGCAACACACAAGAGUCCAUGGCCUCUGCUCUGUUUAAUACUGAUCAGAAUGACAACAGUGAAAGACGGCGCCAUGAUAAUAGUGAACGCAGAAGAAAUGACAACCCUGAGUCAGAGAUCAAUGGGCAGCCACAAAACAACAUUCAGCAAGUGGUGGAACAGGAUGAAGAAGAAGACGAGGAGCUGACACUGAAAUAUGGGGCAAAACAUGUGAUUAUGUUGUUUGUACCUGUCACACUUUGCAUGGUGGUCGUUGUUGCAACCAUCAAGUCUGUCAGCUUUUAUACACGCAAGGAUGGACAGCUCAUCUACACUCCUUUCACGGAAGAGACGGAGACAGUGGGACAGAGAGCCCUGAAUUCAAUUCUCAAUGCUGCCAUCAUGAUCAGCGUCAUCAUUGUCAUGACCAUUCUUUUGGUUGUGCUUUACAAAUACAGGUGUUAUAAGGUGAUCCAUGGCUGGCUUAUCAUUUCUUCCCUUUUGCUGCUUUUCUUUUUCUCGUUCAUCUACCUGGGUGAGGUUUUUAAGACAUACAACGUUGCCAUGGACUACAUCACGUUGGCACUCAUGAUCUGGAACUUUGGUGUUGUGGGAAUGAUUUGUAUUCAUUGGAAAGGUCCACUUCGGCUCCAGCAAGCAUAUCUUAUUAUGAUAAGCGCUCUCAUGGCCUUGGUGUUCAUUAAGUACCUUCCUGAAUGGACUGCGUGGCUUAUCCUGGCUGUCAUUUCAGUGUAUGAUUUGGUUGCUGUCCUCUGUCCUAAAGGUCCUCUUCGUAUGCUGGUUGAAACAGCUCAAGAGAGAAAUGAAACUCUCUUCCCAGCACUUAUUUACUCCUCCACAAUGGUAUGGCUAGUGAACAUGGCUGAGGAAGAUCCAGAAGCCCAGCGGAAAGCUUCCAAAAACUCCACUUAUGAUAAACAAGCUCUAGCAAACCAGGCUCAGAAUGAAGAUGCUGAAGCAGAUGAUGGUGGCUUUAGUCGGGAAUGGCAGCAACAAAGGGACAGUAGAAUAGGACCCAUUGAAUCAACACCUGAAUCACGUGCUGCUGUUCAGGCUCUACCCAGUAACUCUCAAACUAGUGAAGACCCUGAAGAACGAGGAGUAAAACUAGGUUUAGGAGACUUCAUUUUCUACAGCGUCUUGGUUGGCAAAGCCUCUGCAACAGCAAGUGGGGACUGGAAUACAACUUUAGCGUGCUUUGUAGCCAUAUUAAUUGGUUUGUGCCUUACACUUCUGCUUCUUGCCAUCUUUAAGAAGGCCUUACCAGCUCUUCCAAUCUCUAUAACCUUUGGGCUAGUUUUUUACUUUGCCACAGAUAACUUGGUGCAGCCCUUUAUGGACCAGCUAGCCUUCCAUCAGUUUUAUAUCUAGCACACUUGAUGCUGGCAUUCUACGGAUAUUUGUAUUUGUAGCAAAUCUGGGAGGAGGAAGAAUGUUUUUUCCCUCACUCCUCAAGUGAAACAGAAGUUUAAUACUCAAGAUUCCAAGCCUGAAUCAUUACAACUUCCUCCCAUUUUUCCUGAGACAACUGCUGCACUGGGCACCGUAUGAUUUUUUUUUUUUCUUUCCCCUGUGUGAGCAUGGUUUCUUCUCAAUGAAUGGUCUAAACUGGGUGCUGUUUGUCGGAAGCAAUCUGAUAUACAUAAUUCUGGUAAGGACCACCUGUCUGAAAAUUGCUAAUGUUUCCACCAGCAAUGUGCUCUCUCACCACAGGUUGAUUAUUUUCCACAGUAUUAAGGGUGCUCAGGACUUCCUUGACAUUAACAGAGGAAGCUGACAAAUCAAAUGGAACUUGGCUCUAAACCAUUUGAAGAGACAACCCAAUUUAAACUCCUUCAGCAGUGAUUUUUGACAGCUGAGUCCUGACUGCUUUGUGUCAUGAGAAAGGAUUUUGCAUUGUAGCAAAUCAACAAAGGGAGAAACUGUCACUCUGAACGAGUGCUCCACUACUUCAUAGCCUCUGUGCCUAAAUGUGCUUGGUUUAGUAACUUUAAAAGCUUUUUUCACACUGGAACUAGAGCCUUUUCUCAGUUUUAAUACCUUGCAUUCUCACGCGUGGAAUGCACCUUCUGUAGAGCUGCUCCAGUUUAUGUAGCUACUUAGACUUGGACUGAAUCACUUGGCAUAAGAGGAUCACAAGCUCCUAAUUUGGAUCUUUGAUUCUGAAAGGUUAUGGAAAUACUUUAAAAGGCAAUUUCAGGACUGACUUACUCUUCGUGCUCUUGCAAAUCAUUUUGCUAGAACACCAGUUCAAACCCUGCAUUUGAGAAUAGCCACUAACAGCACAGACUGCAUUGUUAGUUUAAGUUCCUUUUAUUGAUCAUCUUAUGAAAGAAGCAGACAUUCACAACAGUUCCAGCUGGAGUUUACCCUGCCAGAUCUAAAGGCUGAAGUGCUAUUAGUAGCACUUCUAAUGUUUCUUUCAAAUUUUUCCCUUCAAAAACAUAGCUGAAGAGAUCUAGUCUACAGCAAAUUAAAAUGUGGAAAUGCUCUUUCUAAGUAAAAUUGUGUUGACCUUGCCAUUGUGUUGGUUUGAAGUCUUGAUCACCCAACCUUCUAACACCUCAGGUUGGGCAGGGAUGUUUUUUCAUGCAGUAACUUCAUUGGUGAGAAUUCUUAAGUUAGAUGAGACAGUACUUAAUGUUACCAAGGAAUAAAAUCUGUGGCCCUCUUACUUUAAUUACCUCUCCUGUGAGGAACAGAAGACUGGAGAAAUGAACGACAACUCAAAAUCACUGAAAAGAAGAUACGGGUUUUUCAUCUUCCUACAAGAAAAAGAAUCGAUUCUGACCUUAAAAUUGCUAAACUCUGUUUUGUUCUUUAUUUGAAAGAGCUUGUUUAUGAAUAGUUGCUUGGAAAUGAGACUUACGUGAGAUGAAGUUGCUUUUGUCAUAGACUCUUGGUCUGUAAAGUCAACUUUUUUCUGAACGAAGCACAGAGAGUGGGUAACGACGGGCAUUCCAUUUUACCUCCAUCUGGAUACUGGAGUCCUCGCCAAAUAGAACCGUCAAAAUCCCGAAGCAAACUCCUUUUCCCUUUUUCUUGGGGCUUUGUUUCAGUGCCUAUAGAUUCAAAGGACUGAGACCUCACAGAUGCUCUCAAACCGUUGCCCAAGUAAUGGAAUAAAGGGUGUGAUGUAUAAAUCUGCUUUAAAACCAAGAAAAGUUUAUUUUGGUUGUUCUUGGAAACAUCUCUGUAUUGUCCAGGAUGAUGUGCUAACUGUAGUGUUAGCAUCUACAUCUGCAUAAAUAAGAUAUACUGUCUUGUCUCCUCUAAAGUACUUUAUUCAUCUCAUUUGUAUGCUAAUUCAUUGUGGAUAGCAUUAAUAAAGUAAUCAUCACAGUUGCUCACACUGACUUUUCAGGUCAAACUUCCUUGUGUUUUUGAGCUUCAUUCACUGUUCCAUGUUUUGCUGAAAUGGAGCCUGACUUAAAACAGGCUUUUUUAUACAAGACUCUGAGUUGUUUAAGUUUUUUUACUAUUGUAACUUGUUCCUUUCCUGAGCAUUAUAUCUAAGAAAAUUCCCAUGUGUGUUAUAUUGGGCUUCCUAACUAUUGUUUUGUUGUAUAGAACAGGUUUGCUAAGAGUUGGCACCACUAGCAUCUGUUUGCAUACCUGAGCCGAGUCUCAGUUGAGUUGUUACUGAAAUGCGGCAGUCAUCUUUAUUGUUUGUGGUUUUGGUUUAAUUAUUUGCUGUAGAAGCAAUGACUCCCAUAAGAGUUGCUUUAUAAUCCAUAGAAAUAGAGAAAAACUUUUCCACAUACUUGAAUGGGUGUUAGAUGUACAACCUGAGCAAGAGCUCAGAAUCUUCAAACACUAAAUUGCCGGUCUUCCACUCUCCAAAGUUGUUUCUGCUAUCCUGGAGUUUUAAUUUCUGAGUUAGUGGAGAUUAUAAAAUCACAGAAACUGUUGUUCAAGAUUAUGUAUUUGAAUCUCAAAAUGAAGAAAUAUAGAAAAGGGAAAGCUGCUUCAAGCCCAGCCCAAUAUAUGUUAAAGUAUGCUGUCUAAUACCAAGUCAUGAGUAUACCUUCAGAAACUAGGAUGUGCAGAACUGAGGCAAAUUUUCUAGAUUUGCUCUUACACUGAGGCAUGGUAGUUUGUUCCAAAUGAGAUCUUGCAGAUAAAGGCUAUCUCAGGAGUUGGGUCCAGAAGAUUCAGUUAAGAAUGUUUUUUCGCUUGAAUUUGAGUUGUUAUUACAUAAGUGUGAAGGUGGUAUCCGUUCUUUCUUACUCCUUUGUCUUAAAACACCACUUGGCUAGCUUGGGAUAGCUGAAAGAAUUCUGUUACGUAGUCUGCAUUUUUGAGAGAGUUGUUCAUUAUUUUUUAAUUAGUAUAUUAAGAACAGUAUAUUAGACUGUAGCUCUGAAAGAACUAUUGUGUAACUGGUAGCUACGUUCAUCUCUUUUGUGCCCCGAACAGACUAACUUGUAAUUGUUGUGUUUCAAGUUACGGUUUGAAACUGAAUAUCCUGAUAGCUUACUCUCCCCUUUCAGGUUGCAUUAAUGAUUAGUCUCCUCCUUUAACUACUCUUUUGCAAAUAAAUAAAUGAAUAAACCAAAACACUGAGCUACAGAUUUGCUUAAAAAACAGCCACUUUAUUUCAUUUCUUCAUUUUUCGCAUUGGGGGAUUUAAUCCAGAGCAAAAAGACAAAACAGAUCCCCAGAAGCUGGGGGUUGGAGUUGGUUUGUUUAUUUGUUUGUUUGUUUUGUAGCAAAGGUGUGUGAUGCUGUCAUAGUUAUGCAUGGCUCUUAAGGUGGCACUCAAAUUCUUGUAUCUUGAAGGUGUGCACUUAUAUACUGCAGCACAUUCAAAACAGUUCUGUCUGGGCAGAUCAUGACUCUUUUAAGCCAAAUAUUCAAGGACUGUGUUCCACUAGAAAUGGCUUAUUUCUUUGAUGUGAAAAGUAGACCCUGGAUAUUUCAGGCAUAGGAGACUGGCGCUUCUGGGAUGUACAUAGAGUAUGCAUUCUGGGCCUGCAGAUGACAACUGUUUUGCCAUUACUGCAGUGAAGAGAUAAAUAUUCUGAAGUUCAUUUUGGGUGGACGAUACUGUAUGAAGAAACUUACCCAAAUACAUUACUAAAAAAAUACUAUUACUUUUGGCAAUGAUGCUAUUGAAACAAGUCUGAUAGAGACUAUGGAACGUCUGCACUGCAGCUACAUCUCAGUGAUAACUUGAUCAUUGGGAACACUGAAAUGUGAAUUGGAAUCAAAUUCUUUUACACUCAAAGCAUUUGCUGUUUUCUUUUUUUACAAACACUGGUUUGUACAUAAUCUGAAUUGAAUGUGAAUGUUUUUUAAAUACCUUUCCGGUUCUUGAUAAGAGAAAGUUUUGAUAGAUUACUGGAAAUUUUCCUGUAUUUGUCUAAUUAUUAAAAUAAAAUUGCAUGAAUCCUAA